GACAAACAGUGUGACUACCAUGGAGUUCAGAUUAAACUCGGUUUAUGGAAGUUUGCUGCUGUUGAUGGGAAUCGAGAUACUCCGUGUGGCUGGUGCAACAUCACAGAACCGCUGUGAUAAAAACAUCCAGGUGGUGACCAAAUCGGCGUGUCAUUCUUGUUCCAUGACAUCUUUCAUGAAGUGUCCCAACGGAUACAGCAAGAAGCCACCGGGCAAGAGCAACAAGGACUGCAGAUAUUCUGUCACAGAUGCAUUGAGUUUUGCGGGCUGUUCAUUUGAGUGCUCUAAGGAUGCAAUGGAGCCCCAAUGCUGUCCUGGUUACUGGGGCAAUGACUGCAUUGCGUGUCCGGAAUCCGCGGCGAGUCCCUGCAGUAAUAAUGGCGUCUGCUCUGAUGGUAUGGGGGGCAAUGGUACGUGCACAUGUAAGACAGGCUUCGUGGGAACAGCUUGUGAGGACUGUAGAGAGAAUUUAUACGGACAAACAUGCAGCAACGUGUGCCAGUGCAAGCAUGGCUUUUGUGACAGCGGAGUUAAAGGCACGGGACAAUGCACAUGUCUGUCUGGGUAUACUGGUAUAGACUGCAGUCAAGAGCUCCCAGCCUGUGCUGCUUUACGGUGUGGGCCGGACGCUCGCUGCAUUGAGGAAAUUUCCAAAGUCCAGCUCGUGUGCAAGUGCAAACCUGGUUAUCAAGGUGAUGGAGUCAGGUGCACGUCAAUUAAUCCCUGCUCAAGAAGCGUGUGCCAUGCGAAUGCAGUGUGUGCGCAUACAGGACCAAACCAGCACGUCUGCACGUGUGCAGAAGGAUACAGCGGCGACGGACACGUGUGCAUGCCUAUUGACCCCUGCCAAACUAAUUUAGGUGACUGUCCUUCUAGCUCUACACGCUGCGUGUACGACGGCCCUGGAAAGGCUCACUGUGAGUGUUUGGAGGGAUUUGAGAAGUUCAUUGAAAGGAUGGGCUGCAGUAUUAAAGAUGUGUGCAGACCAGACUCGUGCCAUAAAUACGCCACGUGUGCCACAGCAGUACCAGGAACAGUCGAGUGUAAGUGCCGUGACGGUUACCUUGGCAAAGGGAAGAUAUGCCUCGGCAACAUAAUUCAGCAGCUGCAAGAACUGAAUUCAAAGCCAGGCGGGGAGUGGACCGGGCAGCUUUCUAGUGCCAUUUCACUGUUCGAUAAAGCCAUGUCAUGGCCUCUGACCUCCCUCGGACCAUUUACCGUGUUCGUGCCGGUGAACAAAGCUUUUAAAGGCACAUCUGUGAAAACCCUGCUUGCCAAUGAAAUGAAAGCUCGCUAUCUCGCCAAGCUGCACAUGGUGGCCGGAGAGGUGAAUUUUGACUCUCUGAAGAAAGGAAUCUUAUACUACACCUUGACUGGCCUGGCGGGUGAAUCCCUGACUGAUCUCACGCAGAUCAAAAUCCGUCUGCAUGGCAGCCGCAAGAAAGCAGCGCUUGUGGAGACCGACAUCUUCGCCUCGAAUGGCAUUAUUCAUUUGGUUGAUAAGCUGAUGGAUGCCGUCCCUUCCACCGUGAUCAGCGAGAAUGAGGAAAACCUGUUGCAGAUUCUUUCGAAAAAUGGAAAGUUUUCUCAGUUUAAGUCUCUGCUUGAGAAAACCAACAUGGCAGCUGUUUUAGAAAGUCCAGGACCAUAUACACUGUUUGCACCAACAAAUUCAGCGUUUACCUUCCUGAAGGCUGGCUAUCUAGACUACCUCACGUCUGAAGAGGGUAAGAAUAAGCUACUGGAGCUGAUGCGCAAUCACAUAAUUUCCUCUUCCCAGUUGAGUGCCAGUUACAUCGCCUCAAACUCUCAUGUCAUGAGCCUGGCCAACCAGGCCCUGACCUUUAACGUAACCGCUGCUGGGCAAAUGCUGGUCAACGGCGAGGUGAUGCUGGAACUGGAUGUUGAGGCAGCGAACGGUCAUCUCCAUUCAGUAGAGGGCGUCCUGAUUCCGGCAUCCAUAGAGCCCAUUCUUCCACAUCGCUGUGACCUUACAGAAAACAAUGUUUAUAGGGGUCCAUGUGUUAGCUGUACAAAUCCCUCCAAAUCUAUUUGUCCAACUGGUGAACGAACGAAUAUGGUUGUGAAAAACUGUGUGUAUAGGUUAAAUAAUCUUGAGAGCCGUAUACCCUUACUCACCUCUGGCUGUGCUCACUAUUGCAACGAGACAAAGACUACCCCUCUCUGCUGCAAAGGUUUCUUCGGGCCAGACUGUUAUCAAUGCCCAGGUGGUUUUACCGCCCCCUGUUCCUCUCAUGGCAAGUGUUCUGACGGAAUCGAUGGAAACGGCACGUGCCAGUGCGAGCCCAAUUUUAAAGGCUCUCGCUGCCAGUACUGUGCCAACGCUAACAAAUACGGCUCGUCCUGUGACAAAACCUGUGGAUGCAUACACGGUGUAUGUGAUAAUCGUCCAGAGGCCAGCGGUAAAUGUAAGGAGGGCUCCUGUAAAGACGGUUAUACCGGAGAAUUCUGUGAGCAUCAAACGCAGUCGUGCGGGCCCAACCAGCCAUGCCACGCCCACGCGGACUGCGUGUCCAAUAAUGGAGCCUUAAUGUGUGUGUGUAAGCCGGGUUUCAAAGGGGAUGGAUACAUGUGCAUUGAGAGAGAUCCAUGUGCUUUGCCUAAUCGUGGAGGCUGCAGCAUCAACGCCAAAUGUAUAAAGACGGGUCUGGGAACACAUAGGUGCCAGUGUCUAAGUGGGUGGAGAGAGGAUGGAGACGAGUGUCAGCCCAUCAAUAACUGUCUGGAUCCGUCUAGAGGGGGGUGUCACCCUAAUGCCACCUGCAUCUAUGUGGGCCCAGGACAGAGCGACUGUGCCUGUAAAAACGGUUACCACGGCGACGGGAAGGCAUGCGAACCGAUGAAUCGGUGUGUAGAACAGAAGGGUGGAUGUCAUUACCUGGCCACCUGUCAGUUUAUGGGACAGGAAGGAUGGCAGUGUGUGUGUGAGGACGAUUAUGCUGGUGAUGGAAUCAUCUGUUAUGGAACGCUUGCACAGGAAGUGGCAACAAACCCUGAACUUCUAGAAUUUAACAAAUGGGUCACUCUAGCGGAUGUUUCUCAGCUGCUAUCAGAGACAGAGAAUUGUACUCUUUUUAUACCAUCGGCUCAAGCAACAGAAAAAAUGAGUAAAGACGACAAAGACUUCUGGCUCUCCCGCAGUAACCUUCCAAGUCUUGUCAAGAAUCACAUUAUUCCUGGAAUAUUUAGACUGACCGAUCUUCGUACCACCCCUUCGCCACAACUAGCUUCUCUUUCAAAAAGGACACUGCCAGUUUCUUCAACCAAUGAUAGCACUAUUGUCGCAGGAGGAAAAGUAAUAUAUGGAGAUAUGGCAGCGAAGAAUGGAGUUAUCCAUCUUAUUGACACUGUGCUGAUCUCUGAGCGACAGUCGAGCAAAGGUUUACUGGAGGUGUUGGAGCAGAAGUCUGAUCUCUCGAUUUUCCGCGACGCUCUCACUAAACAUAACUUGACCGAUGAUUUAGAGGAGUCUACUGGAUUUACCAUAUUUGCCCCAACAGACAGCGCCAUCCAAGAAUACCUCAGAAGAACGGGCAAGGAAAUACUGGAUUUGAAUGUGACCCAGUAUCACAUUAUUGUGAAUGAAACCAUUAAAGAAGAACAGUUGAUGGAUGGACUUUAUAAAGAUACUCUGUUGGGCUUCUCUUAUCAGCUGGGAUUUUUCCGCCAAGAUACCAAGCUGUUUGUAAAUGAUGCUGAGAUGAACACAACAAAUAUCGAGACAAAUAAAGGGGUGAUCCACACAGUGUCUGCUGUUCUGUCCAUCCCAAACAACCGCUGUGACAGAGAAUCCACUACACUUCUCCCGCAGGGACUCUGCACGGAUUGUUUCAGACCUGCUGAGGAAUUUUGUCCUUCAGGAACGAAAAGAGUGAUGAAACCAAGGAGAAGAUGCAUGUACACUCGAGUGUAUCACGGAGAGACAAUGCUGACCAUCGGAUGUGAAGUCAAAUGUGUGAAAGUCACUGUUAAAAGACUGUGUUGUGCAGGUUAUUAUGGAAUAAACUGUGAGCGGUGUCCGGGGCCAGAGGCUCAACCCUGUUUAGGUAAAGGUGUAUGUGCUGAUGGAACAAACGGCACAGGGGUUUGCCAGUGCAACCAGAAUUUUAAUGGCACUGCCUGUGAGAAUUGCCAAAGAGGACGAUAUGGAAUUCACUGCGACCAAGAGUGUAAGUGUGUUCAUGGACGUUGUAAAGACGGUAUGGAUGGAGACGGCAGCUGCGAGUGUGAUUUGGGCUGGAGAGAAAUAACCUGCAGCGUUGCUAUUACAUCAGACAUGUGUGGAGGAAAAUGUCACAGCAGUGCCAAUUGUCUACUGAAUGAAGCGGACAGUACGUAUUACUGUAAAUGUGCAGCAGGAUUUCAGGGUAAUGGCACUCAUUGUACAGCGGUGGACGCUUGUGCAGUGAAUAACGGAGGCUGCGCUGCCCGCGCGCUGUGUAAGAGAACCGUCCCGGGACAGAGAAUAUGCGUGUGUCCCCCAGGCUACGGAGGAGAUGGGAUAGUAUGCAUUUCCAUCAACCCCUGUCUGGAUGGUAAUAAUGGGGGAUGCCACCCGGAUGCUGACUGCAUACAUACAGGUCCUAAUAAGACAUCAUGUUUUUGCAAAACGGGAUUUACUAUGGUCGAAAACAAAUGUGAAGCCAUCAAUUUGUGUCGUAUGUUAAAUGGCGGAUGCCACAGGUAUGCCCGCUGUACCACGACAGGACCCUCAAAGAGAAACUGUACCUGUGAGUCUGGCUUUGUCGGAGAUGGAGAGACUUGUACAGGAUCCCUGCAGAAAGAGCUUACAAGCAGAAGAUUGAGGGAUUUUCUAUUGGGAUUGAUGAUGACUGGUAUUUCUGCUCUCAGAAGUCGUGGUCCCUUCACUGUCUUUGUACCCACCGCAAAUGCUUUUACAAAUUCAGAGGUAAAGGAUUUAGCCAGGAAAAAUUCGGACUUGUAUGGCAAAAUCAUGAGGUACCACAUAGUGCCUUGCCGCAGCCUAUUCCCGGAGGACCUUAUGCAACCUCGUAACCUCACGACGCUUAUGGGUGACGUCCUUAGCAUCACAUACACUGAGGAUACUAUAUACAUCAAUAGCAAGGCCAAAAUUGUGUUCAGUCAUAUGGAAAGCAGUAACGGGAUUUUACACGAGAUCGACACUGUCCUAAUCCCGCCCAGUUUGCAGAACCCGAAAGCCUGGAAGAACGACAACACCUCCCGUAACGUCUCUGAUGUGGUUAAUCUUCAUGGCUUCAAGACAUUCUACAAACUGCUAGAGGACACAGAUGUGUUGAAGUUAGUGACGGACACAAUCCACCAGCCCGUCACCUUGUUCCUGCCCACAGAUGGCGCUAUGGCCGCUCUGGCCCAGGAGCAGAAGGACUUCCUGUACGCUAUGCAUAACCGUGAGAAACUAGCCGAGUAUCUCAGAUACCACAUCUUGCACGAUACCAAGAUUCUGCCGUCUGAACUCAUGCGCGGCAGCUCUUUAAGAACUCAACAGGGCUCAGAUCUGUCAGUGGCCUGUGUGGGAGAAGAGCAAAUUGGUGAAUUCUAUGUGAAUGAUAAAAGCUGUCAGAUUGUAAAGAGAAACAUCAAAUUCAAUGGCGGCAUCAUUUAUGGCAUCAACUGUCUCCUGAAUCCUCUGAGCCUUGGGGGACGCUGUGACAGUAGGAACACAGUUGAUAUCACAUUGCCAUGUAGACGAUGUGGUCGUAUUUCGUCCGACUGUCCACCUGGAAGCAGGCCGAAGACCGAACAAAAGUGUGACCUGACUCAUCUCAUCGUGGCUAAUACUGAUGGAUGCCAAUCCAUAUGUACUAUGGUCAUUUGGAAGCCUAAAUGCUGUUCAGGGUACUUCGGCAGAGACUGUCUUGCAUGUCCUGGAGGUCCAGGCUCCCCCUGCAGUAACCAUGGCAAGUGUGAUGAGGAUCAUUUAGGAAAUGGCACCUGCACCUGUGAUGCUGGAUUUACAGGUGUAGCAUGCGAGCUGUGUGUGGACGCACAUUUUGGACCAGACUGCAUAGCCUGUAAUUGCACAGAACACGGUUCAUGUGACCAAGGCGUGAAAGGUACCGGUUCGUGUUUUUGUGACGAGGGCUGGACGGGUCUUCAAUGUGAAAACAAACUAGCUGAUGGUCCUGUUUGCAGUCCCGCUUGCCAUGAGAAAGCUGUCUGUAUGGAGAACAAUACCUGCGUCUGUAAACCCUUCUAUGAAGGAGAUGGUAUCACCUGUACAGCGGCCAACAUGUGCAAGUACUGGAAUGGUGGUUGUUCGAAGGAUGCUAAGUGCACUCAGAAGGAGGAGAAAGUGAGCUGCGCGUGUCUCAGAAGUUACUCCGGCGAUGGGUUCGUGUGCACACCGGUCGACCCUUGCGUCGCUGAUGACAACGGGGGGUGUCACGAGCAUGCCACCUGCACGAUGACUGGACCUGGCAAGAGGAAAUGUGAGUGUAAAGACAACUACAUCGGCGAUGGGAUUGAGUGCGAACUGAAGCUGUUGCCGGUCAAUCGCUGUCUGCAGGAUAACGGACAGUGUCAUUCAGAUGCUCAGUGUACAGAUCUGCACUACGAGGACAAAACAUUGGGAGUUUUUCACUAUCGUUCCCCAAUGGGAGUAUACAAGCUGAACUACACCAUGGCACAGGAGGCCUGCAAGGAAGCAGGAGGCACCAUCGCAACCUACAUGCAGCUUUCCUAUGCCCAGCAGGUGGCGCUUUUACAUCAAAACACACGACUUCUGCUGUACCUGUUAGUAUGCCUAUUGAGUGUCUUCUCUUUUGCGUUUGUGUUGCAGGCGGGGUAUAACUUUUGUUCAGCGGGUUGGCUUGAGAAAGCGAGGGUGGGGUAUCCCAUGAGCUUUUCUAACCCGAAAUGCGGCUUCGGACACGUGGGCAUUGUGGACUACGGCACACGCAAUAACCUCAGCGAGACGUGGGACGUUUUCUGCUAUCGAGUGAACGACGUGAAGUGCGAAUGUAAGACUGGCUACAUUGGUGAUGGAUACUCAUGUACAGGAAACCUCCUGCAAGUCCUCUCAACCACACCAACCUUCUCUAACUUCUAUUCUCAAAUCCAAAAUUAUUCAAGUUCUUCUGCAUCCGGAAAAGAGUUUGUGACUCGCAUAAGCAACAUUACAAUCCAGUCCACACUGUUUGUACCUGACAACAAUGGUCUCUAUAGCAACCAGACAUUGAGCAGCAGAGACAUAGAGCAUCAUCUACUGGAUGGAAGGGCUUUGGUAUUGCAGGCACUUAUUAAUAUCACCCACAUUAGGACUCGACUGGGUCAAAGCCUGACCAUCACCCGCGUGCCUGAUUUCCAGAAUCCUCAGACAGCGACCUCCUCGGGAUACAUCAAUGAUCAGUAUGUCAUCGACUAUGACAUCUUUGCAUCCAAUGGGGUCAUCCAUGUCCUGCAGGGCCCGUUGAAAGCUCCUCCGCUUCCCCCUCCAACCCUCCACCCGGCUCAUAAGGCAGGAAUGGUCAUUGGUGUCCUGGUGCUCAUCAUCCUAAUCGCAGCGGCCGGAUUUGUGGGAUACAAUUUCUACACACAUAAAACAAAGCCGUUUCAGUUCCACUACUUUAAGGAGGAUGAAGGAGUUGAGGUUAACCCAUCAGAACCGAGCCCGAACAUCAGUAAUCCUGUGUACGAAUCCACCCCUGCCCCCAAAGACCAAGCACCAACGGAAGACAAGCAUGAAGUGAUAUCCAGUGGUUCCUAUGACCUGCUCCAGGAUAGCUGAAAUAACCACAUCCAGCAUAUACUGACACAGUAGUAAAACAUCAUGGUGCAGUUCUCUCAAAUACCACAAGAGGCCGUCAUAAGAUCAAUUUCACAAUGAUGGGACAGUGAAAUACCAAAAUUACACUGUGAAAUCUAAAUGUACUGCGGUUGUGUAUGCAUAUUUUUACGUGAGAGUGUUUGCAUGUGUAAAUAUUUGUCAUUCACAGAGUUACUAACCAUUUCUCUAUUCUGUUGUGUUACAGACAAGAAUAAAUAUGCAACUUGAUGUAUAAAAAAACCCUUUCUCUGUGACAUUAAUUCUUCUGUGAGAAAGUGGAGCAAGGCAAAAUCACACCCAAUAAGUGGAUUAAGGCUACACCAAGUAAUCAAUAAAAUCAAUAUAAAUAAUUACAGAAUUGUUUAAUCUAUUACUAUAAUAAAAUACUUGAAUUAACAUCUUAAAAUGAACAAUAAUGCAAUUGAUUGCUUGAAUAUUUCAGAUCAGAUGAUAAACAUUUUACUAUGAGUAAAAUAUUAUUUUCACUGAAUCGUGCCUUCAGUGCAUUUAAGACAUUGCUAGAUAUUAAGACUUGAUCUCGUGUAGAGCAUUCAUGCAGCCACGUGUUUAACACGCCGUUUCUGAGACUUUAAACAUGUUUAAAAAAGACGGGAUAGAUGCUAAUCUUAAGUAAUAUAUUUAUUGUAAAAUCUGUUGUAUACGAAUUAAU